UUGCUUCCAAUGAGGUCAGCAAAGGUAUUUAUCGAAAAGCCCUGAAUAAAAGGCUCCACACACACACACACAAGCUCACACGCGCUCACAUACACAGAGAAAAUCCUCUUGCCUGUUGAUUUAUGGAAACAAUUAUGAUUCUGCUGGAGAAUUUCUCAGCUGAGAAAUAGUUUGUAGCUACAGUAGAGAGGCUCAAGUUGCACAGGGCAGACAACAGACAUGGAAUUCUUGUGUAUCCAGCUGUUAUCAACAGAACAAAAGUCAAGUAGCAAACAGCAACGCAGCAACUGAGCUUAUUACAACCUGUUUUUAUAAGGAUAUACUGACAGAGAGUUAUUUAAGGAGGAAUUCUAUAUUGUUAUCAGGAACUAAAAGGAUAAGGCUAACAACUUGGAGAGUGCAACUACUCUUUCUUAAAUCAAUCUACAGUUCACAGAUAGGACGAGGUCAAUGACCUAGGAACAACAAUCAACUCAAGAUUUAAUUUUCAUUAUGUUAUUCAUGAACACCCGGGGCACUAUACUAUAAUGCGCAAAUGGAUACUGACAUGGAUCCUGCCAAGUUUGCUCUACAGAUCAUGCUUCCACAUUAUCUGUCUAGUGGGCACUAUAUCUUUAGCUUGCAAUGACAUGACUCCAGAGCAAAUGGCUACAAAUGUGAACUGUUCCAGCCCCGAGCGACAUACAAGAAGUUAUGAUUACAUGGAAGGAGGGGAUAUAAGAGUGAGAAGACUCUUCUGUCGAACACAGUGGUAUCUGAGGAUUGAUAAACGAGGCAAAGUCAAAGGGACCCAAGAGAUGAAGAAUAAUUACAACAUCAUGGAAAUCAGGACAGUGGCCGUUGGAAUUGUAGCAAUCAAAGGAGUGGAAAGUGAAUAUUAUCUUGCAAUGAACAAGGAAGGAAAACUCUAUGCAAAGAAAGAAUGCAAUGAAGAUUGUAACUUCAAAGAAUUAAUUCUGGAAAACCACUACAACACAUAUGCAUCAGCUAAAUGGACACACAGUGGAGGAGAAAUGUUUGUUGCCUUAAAUCAAAAGGGGGUUCCUGUAAGAGGGAAAAAAACGAAGAAAGAACAAAAAACAGCCCACUUUCUUCCUAUGGCAAUAACCUAAUCAUAUAUGGCAUAUAAGAAACCAGUUCCAGCAGGGAGAUUUCUUUAAGUGGACUGUUUUCUUCCUUUUUUUCUUUUCUUUUUUUUUUUUUUUUUUAAGUAACCAAGAAAGGCUGGAAAACUACUGAAAAACUGAUCAAGCUGGACUUGCGCAUUUAUGUUUAUUUUAAGAGACUGCAUUAAAGAAAGAUUUGAAAAAAUAUACACAAAAAUCAGAUUUAGUAACUAAAAGUUGUAAAAAAUUGUAAAACUGGUUGUACAAUCAUGAUGUCAGUAAUAGUAAUGUUUUUUUCUUAAAUUAAUUUACCCUUAAGACUAUGUUAGAUUUGAUUAUCUGAUAAUGAUUAUUUAAAUAUUCCUAUCUGCUUAUAAAAUGGCUGCUAUAAUAAUAAUAAUGCAGAUGAUGUUAUAUAAGAUGUGUCAGACCUAAAAGCUGCUGGAAUGAUUUGUCAGAUAAUCAAGCCAACACUAACCAUGGAAGAUGAGCAGUAUCUGAAUGAUUUCUAGUGAAAAAUUAUGAACCACUUAAAUUCUAAUCAGAAAAGAAGGAAUAUUCUCAAAAAUUCUGUUAUGGAAAUGAAUCAAAGAGGUAGUUUUACAAGAGUAUAAGAUUAGAACAUGCUUGUACCUAUUAACAAGAACAAAAUUCCUAAUGCUGCUCCCAAUUGAAAGGGUAUUGCUUAAAGGAUGUUUUCAAAAAUCUUGUAUAUAAAAUAGCAAUAAUGAUGAUAAUACUGUACUUCAUCUCACUCACCACAAAAUAACAUUUUAUAAUCCCUAAAAGUAAAAUUCAAAAAUCUUUUAUGUUUUUUUCAAGUAACAUAAUCUAUCUUUUGUAUAAUUCAUAUUCGGGAAUAUGGCUUUUAAUAAUGUUCUUCCCACAAAUAAUCAUGCUUUUUUCCUGUGGUUACCGCAUUAAACUCUAUUUUAAGUUGUAUUUGAACUUUACUGUUUUGUUAUUUAAGUUUAUGUUAUUUAUAAAAAAAAAAAAACCUUAAUAAGCUGUAUCUGUUUCAUAUGCUUUUAAUUCUAAAGCAAUAACAAAACCGUCUGGCUCAAUUGCAAGUUCCCCCUCCCCCUCAUGAGCAACACCAAGUCUAG